AUGAAAGAGUGGGCAGACAUUGAGUCAGAUAUCAAUUCAUAUGGCCAAAUCUCCUUAGACCACGAGCCAUCUGAAACGACAAAUCUGAAAACUGAUGAUAAAGAUGAGCUGCAAAAGUUCGAAGACAUAGUAGAAGCUUACGGAGAAUAUUCCAGUAAAUUCUGGGAGCUCGGGUUUUAUAAAGCUUAUUUUGAUAUAGACACUCAGACUGCUAUUCAGAGGAUUAAAAAGGUCUUUCAUCCAUUCUCAAAGGGACAAUUCUUUGAGGAAGGAGCUCCAGAUCUAUACACGCCAUUUUGAACAGUCACAACAUUAAUCUUCAUUCUUGCAGCUGCAAGCAAUUUUGGGUUCUUUAUAGCGCAUGGGAAUGGUGAUUCUAAUGCUCCAAGGCUAUUGUGUGCUGGAACUUAUAUUUAUAUGCAAGCUGCUGUUAUUCCUUUUACUUUAUACACGAUUCUUAAAGGGGCUGGAAGUAAACUAAGUUUAUUAGAAAUUACUUCACUUUAUGGGUAUUCAUUAAUACCUUUUGUGCCUGCUUGCGUUUUGUGCAUAUAUCCAAAUAGCCUACUUAGAUGGACAGCAAUGGGACUUGCUGCUUUUUGGUCUGGAUUUUUAAUGAUGAGUAAUCUCUGGGAAAAUAUCAAAAGCGUGAUGGAAAGUAAAAAGUAUCUUGUUGCACUUUUGAUGCUUUCGGGACAUAUUCUUAUUGUUCUAUUGAGUAAUCUAUACUUUUUUAACGAAUAA